GUAAGCCGUUCCCGCUCUCGAUCCAGGUCCGGGCCUCGCUCACACUCUCACUCCCGUUCCCGUUCGCGCUCUCACAGCCCUCGUCGCUAUCAUGGCACAACUUCAAGAAAGGCGAGGGAGCUGUAUCGGCCCCGAUCAAGAUCACCAUACAGCUCGAGAUACACUCGCAGACCCCAUCAGGUCUCGCUCACACUCUCGCUCCCGUUCCCGCUCCCCAAGACGUGAUCCUCACCCUUCCUCCUCCUACCGGCGCCGCUCACGAUCAAGGAGCCAUGAGAGACGCUCAUCACCAGGGAGAUCGACCGGCCAUCGACAGAAGAGCAGCAGUGCAGAGAGACUGGCCAAGAAACUACUGGAAACAUCAGCUGCCCAAUCGCUGUCACACCAGACCGACCUGGAGGCAGUCGUCAAGUCUCUGGCUCCUGCCUUACUGGCCGAGCUCAGCAAGAUGAAGUCGUCCUCGUCGUCCUCCUUCUCCAAGGCAGGAAAGCGCUCUUCGUCUCCUCCCUCCUCAACGACAAAGCGGCCCUCUUCUGCCACCUCUUCAUCAUCCUCCUCUUCAGAAGCAAAUAAGAAAGUGUCAAGUAAUGUAGUGCCACGAGAAGAAAAGUCGAGUUCGGGGAUGAGCGAGACGAGUUCCUCCACAAAGACUACAGUAGAGUCUGGUCGGCGUUCAUCCAAAAGCACAGGCAUGGUGAAGCUCCAAGGAGUUCCUCACAGUGUGUCGCACAAAGAAGUUGUCUCUGCUGUGGAACAAUUUGGCAAAACCACCACAGUGCUGCUGCUACGGAAAGUGGCGAGUGCAACUGUGUGUUUUGAGAGAGAGGAAGAUGCCAAGGCAAUGAGCACAUGCAAGGACUUCAGAAUUAAAGGAUUUCCGGUCAUUAUUGUCACAGAUAAGGACAACAAUUCUAAGGAGUCAACAAUGCUUCCUGAAAAGGAGCAGAAGAAGCCUCCUGAAAAGAAACUUGCUUCCACUACGUCCAAAAAUCACACUGAGAAAUCUACAUCCAGCACCACCACAGCCGCCAAAAAGGCUCUGCUCCCUACACCUAAACAGCCUCCAGCAUCUUCACCUGCUGGCACUAAAAACACUGCAGCAUCUACAACCAAAAAUGUCACUAGUCAAAAAACUGCUGCUGAAGCUUCAAGUAAAGGCCCAGGACCUGGGAUUAGUAAAAAAGCCUUGGUUUCCAAAGCAAAAACCACAACAACUAAGCAGCCAACCAAGACACAACCUGGUAAGGUGGCUGCGAAGGGAACACUGACAAAAGUGACAACAGUCAAGACCACAUGUUCAACAUCCAAGUCCAAGGCUCCAGGAAAUAAAUCUGAUGUCAGUGACUCUAAGCAGAAAAAGCUGGAGACUCCAAAGCUUGACAAAUCUGAAACCAACGGGAAAGAUUCCCCGGUGAUGUCGAAAGGUUGUCAAGAUGCAGUCAAGGCUUCUGCAACUACAGACAUGACAGUUGCUGAAACAAAGCAUCAAACAGAACAUCACAAAGUUGAAUCUGAGGCUUCAAAGUCUAAGGAAGCCACACACAUGGAGGCAAAACUUGAGGAAACAGGAGUUGAGGUGGAAGAACCCAUGGAAGUAGAAAGUUUUGCAAAGGAUAAGGGGGCAAAACUGGAUAGUAAAGUAGAAACUACUGAAAUUUCAGCAGAGAAAUCCAAGGAGAAACAACCCCUUACCAGCAUGACUGACCCCAAAUUAAAUGUCUCUUCACCUGAGGUCCUUGCUCCUCCACCUAAGGCCAUAGAAACUACACUGAAAUCUUUGGACAACAAAACUCAAAGCCCCCAAACUAUUGGCAAAAAUCCAGAAGUGUCUGCCCAAGCUGCAGCACCAGAGGCACCACAGAGCACUUUGCCAGAUUUGGACUCCACAGUCAAAGAGCUGGAGACAAAAGAGGAGUCUUUGGAAGCUAAACAGCAGGAAAUAAGAACUCCAGCUAAAGCAACUGUGAAGGAAACAUCAAACGAUUCAUCUGAUAAACAGUUGGAAACAAACACAUCUCAAAAAGCUCCAAAACAACCUGAGGACGGCCUGCCAGACGGCAAGGAAUCUGCUGCUGAGGCAGCCAUACUGACAGCAGGUGUCGCUGUUCCAGUUGGGAUCAUGGGACCUUUCGGUUCAAUGCCUUCCUCUGUUUCUGCUGAAAAAACGGAGAGCAGAAGUGCCACUUCCAGCCCCGCAGCAUCAGAGGCUCCAGCUGAGCUUCGCCAGGUGAACGAGGACAUGUUCAAGGCCCUGACGGCUGCAGUUCGCCAACACAGACUCAUCCGAGAGAGCCAGGAACACAGCCAGGAGAAAGAGAGUCACAGCAGGACCACCAGAUCCCAGAAGUCCAAAGACUCACCACAGACAGAGAGUCACAGCAGAAGCAGUAGAAGUAAAACCCACAAGUCUGAACACGUAACACCAGAACAGAGUCAAGGUCUUCAAGGAGUCGACUUUACAGAUGACUCUCGACCAGAUUCUUGCCUUUUCGAAAGAGAAGACUUUGACUUUUCCGAUUUUGUCACUGUGGACGAAGUUGGAGAUGAUGCAGAAGAUGCAAACGCCUCCUCCUUCUCACCAUUGUCAUCCCACUCUGACAGUCAUGGCUCAGCCAAGACCACCUCCACAUCAAAACAAUCUUCCAACUCGACAAGAGCAGAGGAGAGCUUGAGGUCUUCCCCCACCUCCAAACAGAGCUCAAAGGAAAAGGAGUCUUCAAAAGACCCCACCAAGAACGCAACCCCCUCUUUGUCGUCCUCAUACUCGGACGAAGGCAUGUCUACCCAAAGCUUGUCAAAAAGCACCCCAUCCUCUAACUCAUCCUUGGUGUCAUCACCUAGUAAGUUGGACAAGUCCAAGGACUUGCCUGAAGCCACAACCACCGCCACCACCUCCUCCACCAGUCCCAGUAAGGUUUCUACCUCUUCUUCUCUACCAUCUACUGAACCCCACUCCUCCUUUGCUCAUAAAACACAAAACAAAACCACCACAGCUGUUGCUAAAUCUCCCGUGAAAACACCAUCAGCAGGUCUUGCAAACUCAGGUGUUAGGACACGAGCAUCCUCUGCUGCUACCAAAAUGCCAAAGGGAGACGUGUCUGAGCAACACAAAGCAGCAUCAGCAGUCACAGAGGGUGUAGUAGUAAAGUCUGACCAUCAGGUGUUAGCAGAGACUACUCUAGCAAAAAGUGUCAAGUCACAGACAAAAAUGGAUACCUCAUCAGAGAUGCAGUCAUCUCCACAGGGAGAGGAGUUAGACGUGGCAAGCCAGACUCAGACAGGGUCGUUUCUCCUGAGGAGUGAUGCCCAGAGUCAGGGUGGCCUCUUCUCCCCUCUGGAGUCUGGUUCCAAUGAAGAAACACUCAAAAAAGACUUGAAGAAUACAUCAGACAAAGGCAAAGAAGAUAGUAUUGAAAAUUUGAAAGAAGCAGAGGAAGAUGAAUGUGGAGGUUACCAGAUUCUUGAUUCACUGGAUGAUCAAGCAGGUGAGGAGAUGGACUCAAGCCAUCUUAGGGACCAAGAUGGCACCUCUGAAAUGCAGCUAACUGAACCUCAGGACAGCUCAACUUUAAAUGAUGAAACUUACGAGGUAUUGGACAGUGUUGAUGAUGAAGGCAGGACUUGCCAAGAGGAUGACAAUGAAAUGGCAAUGAAUGAUUCUUUCCGAGUGUUGGACAGUGUCAUUGAAGACAAAACGACUGUAGAUCAAAAAGAUUAUCAGCUGAUCAAAGAUGACAAGGACAUGGUAUUGAAACCAUCUGAGGAAGAAAUGUCGGAAACAAAUAAAUCUGAUGAUGAAUCUACCAUCACAGGCACAGUAGGUAAGGAAGACGAGACAUCUAAAGAAGCUAAAUUCCAAGUUGUGGAUUCAGUCAGUGAACAAAGUCCAAAGGACCAGGACGACAAAAAGAAGAGGAAUCAAAAAGUAGAAGCAGACAAAUACAAAACGGCUUCAACAGAGUCUUCACAAGAUACCAACAAAGCUGCUAAAGAUAAUGUAGAAAAUCAAGAUACCCAAAUCCCUAACAAAGAGGUCCAGAAUUUAGAUUUUGAGGACCAGCCUCCUCAACACAGUACAGACACUGUCAAAACCCCAGAGUGUACCGUUCAGGAACAGAAAACCUUUCAGAUACUGGAUUCAGUUGAUAAAACUACAACAGAGGAUCACAAGCAAAGACAUGAGACAGGCCACGUGCUUGAAUCGCCCAGUGGCCAGAUGGUUGUAAAAGACAUUAGACAGAUAGAAGAAGGAGAAGAGGACCAGGAGGAAGAAACAUAUGAGGUAAUUGAUUCUGUGGAAGAUCAGCUAGUCACUACAGCUCAAAUGGAGACGGAGAAGAAGGAAAAAACAACUAAGAGGGGCAAGAGAACUGCUAGAAAAGAGGACAAACCAACAAAUGGGAGUGGCUCUUCCAUCAGAUUGUCCAAAAAUGAUGAGAAAUCACCCAAGAAAGAGGUGAAAAAAUAUCAUACACAAAGAAAGAAGAUCGGCACUCUUACAGGGACUUCUGAGAAGGAGGAAGAGGCCCAAGAGGUCAUUGAGGAGUCGAUGCUUCAGGUAGUAGAUUCUGUUGAGGAGGAACCAGGUCAAGAUGCCGUGAACAACACAGCAGGUUUUAGCAGAAGAAGGAGUGCAAGACGGAACAAGGAGGAUAAUGCAACCCCGAAUCUCACAGGAGCGUUGGAAAAAAUGGACAGAGAGGAGGAGGAGGCGGCCACAUAUGAGAUUUUGGAUUCAGUGGAGGACGAGACUGUAAACUAUGACCCACCAGCUACAGAGAGAUCUGACAGUCGAAAAAUGGAAAGAACUAAGAAGGAAGUUAAAAAUGAGGACAUAAAAACUCUUCAAAAAGAGGACACACCAACAAGAAAGAGGCACACUCCUGCCAGAGAUUCAGCAGAAGGAAACAGGGAAAAAACACCCAAAAUAGAGGAUAAGGUGACUAAAAAAGAGAGCACACCAACAAAGACAAGUGACAUUGUCAUAAAAGAGGUCAGCAAAGAACAGGCAACCUAUCAGAUUUUAGAUUCUGUAGAGGAUGAGACUGUUAAUGAUGAUCCCAUUAUUACACAAAGGUCUGGAGGAAGAGGAAGGAGGGGAAGAGCAAAGAAAACGGCACAAAGUACUAAAAAAGGCAGCACACCACUUAAAAAGAAUAACAACGAUGCACCUGAAGAAGCGAUUGGGGAGGAGGAGGAGGCCACCUAUCAGGUUCUGGAUUCAUUAGAGGACGAGACGGUUGAUGAUCCAGUUCCUGCAAAACUGUCUGAGAGAGGAAGGAGGGGAAGAGCAAAGAAAGAGGAUAAAAUGACUAAAAACACUGACAAACAAACACAGAGCAGUGACUCUCUAGCAGCAUCGACCAAAAACAAGGAAGAAGAGGAGGAGCCGGUGUAUCAGGUUGUAGAUGCUGUGGAAGAAGAUAAAGUUCAUGUCCAAGACCUGACUACAACAGAGGGGUCUGACAGAAGAAGGAAGGAACAAAAAAAGACAGAGGAUAAAAUCAGUGAAAAAAAGGACACACCAACAAAAACUAGCAAUACCACGAUAGGAGCAUCAGAAAAAAUUGUUGUCAAGGAUGAGGCCCUUUACGAGGUAGUUGAUUCUGUGGAGGAAGACCCAACACCCGAAGAAGAAUCUGGGAGGGGAAGGAAGGAAAGAACGCCCAAAAAAGAGGCUAAGAAAGAGGACAAACUGCCACAGAAGUCCCAGUCAAAUCUCUCACCGUUGGAAAGUGAAAAGAAAGAUAAAUCACACAAGAAAGGUGAGAGAACAGAAGAAAAGCAGACGACAGCCAUGAGUGUUCUUGUGAACCUGGAUGAAGUCAGCGAGGAAGAGGAGGAUUACCCAGACGACACAGCCGAAGAGGAGGAGCUGAGGAAGAGGCAAGCUGCCGCGAAGGAGAAACAACUUGCCAUUGAGCGGGAGAGGGAGGAGAAGAGGGUGAGACAAAAAGAGGAGAGGGAGCGCAGGGGCAGCAGCAGCAGAGGAGGGAGGAGAAGGGUGAAGGGGAGAGGGAGAGAAAAGGAGGAGGAGGAGGAGGAGGAGGAGAAGGUGGGAGUGGACCCCAAAGAGCUGGUGACUCUGGAUGAGGUGGGAGCAGAUGAGGCUGAGGAUGAGGUGGGAGGAGGGCCGAGGAGUCAAGAGAUGGAUGGAGGGAUCACAGAGGGAGAGCUUCAGGCGCUUGUCACUCUGGACGAGAUUGUUGGAGAGGAGGAGGAGUCAACCCUGCCGGAGCCCCUCCCACCCAGCCAGGAGGACGAAUCAGGAGAUUUCUUCAACCCAGAGACUUUGGUGACUCUGGAUGAAACAGGCUGUGAAGACGAUGAGAAGAAAGAGAAGCAAGCUGAGAAAACUUCUAGUGUCGUUAAACGCAAACAUAACAUGGACAAGACAGAGGAGAGCAUAAACUUUCUGACAGUAGAUGAGGUGGGAGCUGAAGAGGAGGAGGAGGUAACAACCAGGGGAAGAGGACGGGCCAAGAAGAGAAUGAGACAGACCCCUGUGAGAAAAUCUACCAGAGGAAAACAAGCAAGCAUGAAAGAGGAGAAAGUGGAAGAGAAGACACCUCCCGCCGCUGAUGUAUCCCCUCCUGAUUCACUUGACACCUCCUCCUCAUUGGUCAAAGAGGAGCCAGUGUCAUCAGGUGACGGCCAGCCAGAGCUGCUGAAAAUAGAGGCCGAGGAGGGAGCGACUCAGUCCAGCCUCGGUGACUUGUCUGCUGGGCAGGAGCUGCAGCCUCGGCCCUCUGAGAGCCACAACGAGGAGGAUGGCACUGAGGUUGGAGAGGAGUUGAAGAAGGAGGAGGAGGCACGGAGCAGAGCUGCCAGCAAAGUUUUCAGUAAACGGAGGAGGGAGGUCAUUGAACAACAAGCAAAACGAUCUCGUUCUCAGUCUCCAUCUGUCCCUGCUGACUUCAAACUGCCACCAUUCAGACCCAACAAUCCUCUUGGUUUGGAGUUUGUGGUUCCUCAAAGAGGGUUUAUCUGUAAUCUGUGCUCUAUGUUCUAUCUGAACGAGAGCGUGGCCAAAGAAACCCACUGCAGCAGCCAGAGACACUAUGACAACAUGCAGAAAUAUUACCAGAAGCUCCAGGAAGAGCAGUCAAGACGUUCAAGAGGAGGUUCUGCUCCAGGCCUCUCCUCUGAUUGAUCUUCACUCUGCCCACUAAGUUUUCUUUAGUUGGGGAUUGUUAAUGUUUUUUUCUGUUUUGAGUAGGAAAAUGUGAAAAAAAGUGAAACCUGAUGCUUGGAAAACAUAAAGCAUCAUGACACAAAGGUGACUUUGUGAACUGAUGUAGAACGAUUGUUAGCACGGCUGUGGCUUUGGAAAUCAAACCCCCACAUGCCGGCAGUGUUGGUGCCUUGCUCUGCGUGCGCUGCUUCAGGUGUUUCACCAUCCAACAAGUGAUGGGUGAGGUCAGGAUCGGGUUGUUUGGCCAGUCGACUCCUUAAAGUUGCCUCUAAUCUGCAUUUUCCAGAGUUUCCACAGUUUUCCAGCAGGCGGGAUUUUGGCAGGAAGUCUGAUGUGUUGCUUUAUGGCACAAAACAAAUGAAGCAGGUGGGAGGGCCUAUGGGAAAUGUGGUUUUAUGUGGAUAAAGUGCACCACUAACAGUACCACUGGUGUGAGAUAGAGGCUGCAAAUCGCCUUGCUCCUAUCAAUUUGCAGUAAUUAUACCAAGGCAUCAAAAUUAAUUAGACAAAAUGUUGAUGUUUACAGAUGUUACGCACCUCGCCUUUUAAAGGGUUAAGUGUUCCUCUUAUUGUGAAAGCCUAUUUAUCAGUUUGUUUUUAAUGAUGUAUGCAUUGUUUAAAGUGUAAGAGAUUGAUUUUUUGUUUUGUUUUGUAAAAUCAAAUCUCCUAUCAGAAUCUUACUUCUUACUUUUUCUUGUCCUUUUUCAUUAUUCAAGAAAUCUAAAGUCUGAAGUCUUGAGUGUGUGACUGGUGUCUUACAGUCAUUUUUGGGUAGCAUUUCUAUUUUCUUUUCAUUUUCUGUGAUGACAUGAGGUUAUGAUGCAAUGAAUUUCUUUUUGUCUUACAAAUGUUCUACCACUUCGCCUUUUGACACAUUAAAAGCCAUGCUAGCAUAGAUUCCUAUCAUAUAAAUGGACAGCACAGGUUUUUUUUUUUUUUUUUUUUGUAGACAAACAUCAAAGUGAAAGAAAAUGGGAGUCGCUUGACGUUCUCUUGUUUGUACCUUUUGGAGGAAGAUUGAACAUCCACAGUUAAUGACUUAAAUAUCUAAGUGCAUGGAAAUGAGAAACUUUUUGUUUUUGUCUGUCUGUCUUUUCUUUGUCUGCAAAGUUAACUUGGUAUUUAAAAAUAUGAAAUGUUUUGGGAGGCUUUCACUGCAUUUUGCACAUUUAAGAUUGCAUUUUUAUGUUGAAUAUUUUAUUUAUUAUUAACCCAUCUAGAGUGGAAAAUCCAACCAGCCAUGAAUUCGCGUCCUGAGAAGAAAAGAAAAAUCUCUAAGUGACAAGAUUGUAUAGGUUUCUGAUUAAUUUUUUUUUGUAAUGAAUUAUCACUGUGGCCUCUAGAUAAUGCACAGCUCCUCGCCCUGACUUACUCAGUUUCCAUUUGACUGUACACAAUUUUUUUAAAUGAGGGUCCAGUGUGAUGACCUGCUUAUGCUGUACAAUUUCCUCAAGUUUUGUUUUUGAAUGGAAAAAUAUAGUAAUCAGAAUGUUUAUGUUUGAUCAGAUAUGUAUUUAUAGUCUGUGUACAGUGGAAUAAAUUCUGAUUUUUUUU